GUAUAGCUCUAGCUGAUACACAGAAAUAAAAAGAACACUCUCAAAACGUUACAAAACCUCUUCACUUUCUUCUUGCUACUACCCUUUAAUGGCUUCUGACGAGAGCAUGUUGAUCAAUUCUUCUUUAGUUCUAGACGAAGAGUACUCUGAUACAGAUGAUGGGUUUCAUUACCAGACAAGGCAAAGUAGUUUGUCUAGGUUAUCUAUAUGCACGAGCUCCUUCCACGACAACGACGAUGAAGAUAACACCACAAGUGAACCUUCCGAACUGGGUAACUUCAUGUCUGAGCUGUCUCUUGAGAGCUUCGACGACAUGGGAGCCGAGGCUGAUGGAGAGAUCUCUGACGGUGAGGAUUCAGAUUCCGAUAAGGAGUCUGCUGGGUUUUACUCUCUCCCGACGAUCAUGUCUCGCCGGAGAAGAAAAGUCAACGUCUCCACCGGUUUAGAGAAAGAUAACGAGGUGACGAGCGUCGAUACGUUAGCUAAGCAGAGACGGUACGGUCACGGUUUUAACUUUAACGGCGAGGAGAGAGUCAUGGACGGAGACGGAAACUGUUAUGUAGGAGGAGGGGAAGGAGAGUCGUUGACGGUGUUAACGAAGGUGAAAGGAGGAAAGAAGUCGAUGAAGAUGGGUUUUGAGGAAGUGAAGGCUUGUAGAGAUCUCGGGUUCGUUCUUGAAGUUCCGGGUCGGGUUUCAGUAUCCGUCGGGUCAAACCGGGAGACUCAGACUAGUAGUGGCAGCAACUCUCCGAUUGCCAACUGGCGUAUCUCAAGUCCUGGAGAUGAUCCCAAGGAGGUUAAGGCGAGACUAAAGAUGUGGGCACAAGCAGUUGCUUUGGCUUCUACGUCACGUUAAGCUUCUCUAUGUUAGGGUUUGUCUUUCGAAUAUUUAGGUCUUUUUUUUUGUCCCAUAAUCUUACGAGCUGUUACCAGUUUUUUUCUCUUGAAUCUGUAACUUUUCUAUUGGUUUUGUAAAUAUGAAAAGUAUAAUAUAUGUUGAAAAAGAUACACAAUUUACUUGUAAA